UUGUAGCUUCAGUUUUUUCUCUUUUUACACAUUUAAACUAAUAAACGCAAAUCCCGCAACCACACGCCUCCGUGCGGGCCUGAGCGAGCCGUGCGGGGUGUGUGCGGAGCUUCCGGCGCGGAUCAGCUUCAUAUUAAAUAUAUAUUUAAUUAAUCUGAGGAUCUGCUGCCAAGCAGCACAGACGGGUGGAGUCCAGUCCCACAGCCGGGUGCGGUCCUUUCAUGCUUCAGGUGGAUGGUUUUCCUACUGGAGACGGUGUUCAGGCUGAUCGAUCGGCUGGCAGACUGACGGGAUCCAUGAUGGAGCUACAGACGCUACAGGAAGCUCUGAAGGUGGAGAUCCAGAUCCAUCAGAAACUUGUUGCCCAGAUGAAGCAGGACCCUCAGAAUGCAGAUCUGAAGAAACAGCUGCACGAACUUCAAGCUAAGAUCACAGCGCUCAGCGAGAAGCAGAAAAAGGUUGUGGAGCAGUUGAGGAAGGAGCUGCUGGUGAAGCAGGAGCCGGAGGCGAAGCUGCAGCUGCAGGUCCAAACUCCUCCUGUAGGCGGCGACAUCAAGUCGGCCACCCUGCUGCAGAGCCAGCAGAUACCUGGAGGACUACAGCAGACGCUGACGGUCACGCCGGUCCUCACCACGAAGACUCUACCUCUGGUGCUGAAAGCUGCCGCCACGCCCGCCCUGCCCGGCUCGGUCCUGCCACAACGCCCGCCCACUGUUGCUAUGGUAACCACAGCUAUCACCAAACCCGACUCGCAGAACGCCCCCAUCAACCUGCAGGUGGCCAGCAAGCUGACCAGUCAGAGCGCAGAGCCGGUGCGGCUGGUGUCCAAGAACGCCAUGGUGGUGCAGGCCACCACCACCACCGCCCAGCCAAUCAAAGUUCCUCAGUUUGUCCCUCCUCCUAGACUGACGCCUCGACCCACCUUUCAGCCACAGGUCAGGCCCAAACCGGCCACACCCGCCAACGUCCCCAUCGCUCCGGCCCCGCCCCCGCCCAUGAUGGCGGCCCCCCAGCUGCUGCAGAGGCCCGUCAUGUUGGCCACCAAGCUGUCGUCUUCGCUACCGUCGGCGGCCCCCAUCCAUCAGGUCCGCAUCGUUAACGGGCAGCCCUGCAGUAAGACCGGCUCCACCCCGCUGACGGGCAUCGUCAUCACCACUCCGAUCUCUGCCGCCGCCGCCCGCCUCGCCAGCCCCGCCCCCGUCCCUACCCCGACUCCUGCCCAGCCAAUCCAGAUCAGCAGCCUGACCGCAGACCCCAAGCAGACUGUUAAAUCAGGAGGUGGAGCAGAGCAGAAGGUUGUUGUGAGCCUCCCCUCUUCCUCCACUCCUCCGCUGUCUCCUCCUCCUCCCCGACCCAAGAAGGAGGAGAACCCAGAGAAACUGGCCUUCAUGGUUUCUCUGGGACUCGUAACACACGAUCACCUCGAAGAGAUUCAGAGUAAGCGUCAGGAGAGGAAGAGGAGGACGACGGCGAACCCGGUGUACAGCGGCGCCGUGUUUGAACCAGAGAGGAAAAAGAGUGCAGUGAGUUACCUGAACAGCCCUCUGCACCAGGGGACCAGGAAGAGAGGUCGCCCACCCAAAUACAGCAGCGUCCCGGAGCUGGGCAGCCUCACCCCGACCUCCCCCUCCAGCCCCGUCCGCCCCCUCCCCCUGCCCAGCCCCAGCUCUGGGGAUGGAGACAUCCAUGAGGAUUUCUGCACUGUGUGCAGACGCAGUGGCCAGUUGCUCAUGUGCGACACGUGUUCUCGUGUUUAUCACCUGGACUGCCUGGAUCCACCCCUGAAAACCAUUCCUAAAGGCAUGUGGAUCUGUCCAAAAUGUCAAGAUCAGAUCCUGAAGAAAGAAGAAGCCAUCCCCUGGCCCGGCACGCUGGCCAUCGUUCAUUCCUACAUCGCUUACAAAGAAGCGAAAGAAGAAGAGAAACAGAAGUUGAUGAAGUGGAGCUCUGAACUGAAACUGGAGCGAGAGCAGCUGGAGCAGAGAGUCAAACAGCUCAGCAACUCCAUCACAAAAUGCAUGGAGACCAAGAACAGCAUCCUGGCUCGUCAGAAGGAGAUGCAGCUUUCUCUGGAAAAAGUAAAACACCUGAUUCGCCUCAUCCAAGCCUUCAACUUCAACCGAGCUCUGGCAGAGACAGAAGCUGCACCCGUCAGAGUCCAGGACGGUGCUGAAGCUGCACCCGUCAGAGUCCAGGACGGUGCUGAAGCUGCGCCCGAAGCCUCGGUGGAGAAGGCGAAGGCGGGAAGCUCCUCGGCCGGCGACGCAGCCGAGAAACCGGAGGAAGCUGCGGGGAAGCAGACGACCCAGGCGGCGGGAGACGCGGCCAGGCAGCCCGUCCCAGGAGACGGCGCCGUCCUGACGGCAGAUAACAGUCCCGGGGUCGGGGCGGGGGGGGCAGGAGGGGCGGGGGGUAAGGCUGGGCCGGAGGCGGGGGCUAACACAGGGACUGGUCUGCAGGCCGAGGUCGUGGCUCAGCCUGAGACCGAGGCGGCUCCGGCGGUGGACGUUCCCGCUCCGGUGGCGGUCGCCACCACCAACGGUACGGCCGAGCCGAGCGGACCCGACCGCAGCCCCGCGGGGGGGUGCGCCGCCAACUCUGAGAACAAGAUGGCUGCCGUCAACCCUCCAGAGACAGCGGCGGAGGAGAAAAAGGAGGAGAUCACUGACAGUGACGGCAGCAACACCAACAACAGCAAAACCUCAGAA